GUAGUCUUUAUUUCCCUUUCUGUCUUUUCCCUUUUCUCUGGUUCUGGCCUUCCCCCCGCUUCCCCUAACCAGAAACCCGUAAGGGGUUGACCCUAACCCCAUAACUCCCCCUGAAAAGGCUGUUUGGCCGGCUUACCACGUGGGCAGUCACGUGCCACAUUUUCACCCAAGAUCCUUUGCGUACAUCAUAACACUUCAGCGUUCCACGUGGACGGAGCUUUCGUGAAGGAGGUGAUUUACUUUGGCAAUUAUUCCCUUUUUUCACUUGAAAUUUGCAAAGUAUUGUCUUAGUCACGUUACAAGUGUAAAGGGAAAAGAUUUCUCUUUUUUUUGUAGGUGUGUGAUGUCUCUCUGUCACCCUAAAUUAAUGGACACGCUGUUUAACAUGACCCUAACACCGACGGCUUUACAGAAUCGUCUGGCCGAGUAAGUUAUCUCUGUUUAAUCAUUUAGGAGGUAAAAUGUCAUGUCUUAACGUUAAUGCAAAAACUUAACCAAACCGGCAAACAUUGUACGGGUGACUCCAAUUUUAAGACAUUAGUUUGAAACUAUUUUCCUUGAAUUUGAAAAUCGGACACGCGGGCCCUUUUUGAAUUUCGCGGGUUUUUUUUUUUUUUUUUUACCCCAGCUCAUGCUUUCACAUUCAUGCAGAACUGCCUCAGAAAAUUGGGAACAUUCAAAACAAGAACAUAAUAAAAAGAAGUCUACCCAAAUGAAUUAGUUCUAGCCAGACGCCAUACAUGAUUUUAUUGACUUGAUGCGAAAGCGUUGUCAAUUAAUAAAUGUAGAUGUAGAUGUUUGUACUGUAUAUGUUUCAAGUAACGGUUUGUGUGACAAAGUAAUAACAGUCCAUCCAUACAAAUAGUAACUAAAAGGUAAGGCUACUUAAUACAUUGGCACAUCUGGGUUUUUUUAGGGACAAUACUAUUUCUGAGUUAACAUAAUUUGUGGCUGAUUAUCUAAUUUGUUUGUGUUACCGUUUCAUUAAAUUACACCAGUAUCAACAUGUUCUUUUGUAGCUAUCAUCGUGUCACAACAACAUAAAUGAUGCAUUUCAAACCGUUUUUUUAUAAAAGUAGUUUAUUAUAAGUGGCAACUUGCCCUCUUCACCCCUGAUCAAGGUUGAAAGAAAAAUGAAGUUGUUUAUCAGAUGUCCCAUGUUCAAGUUUGCCUUUCCCUGUGAAAGUGGCAAAAAUUGUUUCAUAUGCCAAAUUCAUCACAGAACUUACACAGAAUUCCUCUCCUAAAAACUUGCUAUUACAAAUCUUUAAAACUGAGAGCAUAAUCUUAAAGUGAAUGCUACUUUAAUAUGCUCAGCUGCUAUGUGGCAUUGAAAUAAUCCUUCUACCCAAAUGACGACAGUACAUUGUAACUUUUGUUUUGGCUAUUUGGCAAGUAGCUCCAAUGCUGUUGUCUCAUUUACGUGGACAUACAGUCGACUCCUGAUAACUCGAAACUUCAAUGGAAAUCGAAAACAGUUCAAUUUAUUGGGAGUUUGAAGCAAAUAACCAGAAGCAAGGAAAUGGGAUGGGGGAGGAAUGCAAGUGUCAUGUACACAUCACUUCAAGGGCAGCAAGAGGUAUAUUGAAAUUUUGAAUAAGAAAUUGAGCAGCAAAGCUGGAUUAAUCAAUACAGUGCUAAACAUUGUAUUUGAAUUGGACUGACAAAAAAGUAAAGAAGCUUAAAGAGAAAUAAUACACAAUUGUUUUGAGAGAAAUUCAAUGUUUUGGACUGCAGUUCACUGCAUUUUUUUCGAAAUUUUUGUCACAUGCUUAAAACAUGGUUUGAGUAUUGGAGGGUAAAAUUGUGUAGAAAUGAUCUGAAGGGGAACAAAAACUACUUUGAGUUAGCGGGAGGUUUGAGUUAUCGACAGUUCAAGCUACUGAGGGUAAAAUACAGUAAAUGUGUGAAGGAAAUCCCAGGGAAAUUAUUGAUUUUGGUGCGAGUUAGCAAGGGUUCGAAUUACAUGUAUCAGGAGUCAACUGAAGGUCCCUCUUACGUGGAAUCCUUCUUUGCAACAAAAUUUUUUCAGCGCUAUUUAAUUGUUGGAUGGUUACUUAACAACACUAAAAAUCUGCCAAAAUCCAUUGGGUGAAGCAAGAAAAAAAUUAGCAAUAAAAAUUUUCAACUUUCACCACAGGAAACCCAAUUUCAGGAAAAUCACCAAGUCAGACAAAAGUGUGAUAACUGAGUUUUUUAAUAAGAAUCUUGUAUACAACGUCGCUAAUGUCUUUUGGGUAGUUUUGUUUUAAAAAAUGCCGAGUAAAUGUGUCUGAAAAACUUGGGUCAGUGUUUUGUCUUGACAUCUUUGCAUAGGUUACAUAGCCACAAGUCUGUCUUCGCAUUCUGUUUCUGUUUUUUUUUCUGAUGAUGUUUAGAUGCAAAAUUGUAAGACAACUCAAGUUACAUGUAACUGUUUAAAAAUAUUCAUAUUGUUUUUUUUUUUUUGCUUAAUAGCCGAAAUGCAGUAUGUAUUUUAGUAGUUUUAGUGGCUGGUAUUUUAACCGCAACCUACAGUUUGUUGUUUGUAGUAAAAUGACCAAACCUCGAUCUUAAGGUCUCUAUUGAUAGCAAACGUUUUUCAAGAAAGCAAAAUGUCUCUCCAGACAAUGCUAUUCUAUUCGAAACUUUUCAUAUUACACCCAGGAGACAUAUUUGUUUGACACAAGCUGUUAUUUUGUCAUCUACCAGCAAUUUCUUCGCUACCAUUGCCAUACUUUGUAAUAAACAUGCAACCUCAAGUAAAAAAUAUGACUAACAAUUACUUUUUUCGCCUCCGCCAACACUCUAAUGGCUCUCUCAGGAAAUGUAUGGUUUCUUCAGCGGGUUCAACUGAGGUCAUGUCUGUAGGUUGUACUUGGUUGAUUUCGAUCCAUGUUGUUGAUUUUGUUCUGUGGUAAUUAUGAUUGACAACUAACUUUCUCAGAAUGUACAUUUAUUUUCCUGUCAUCCAAUUGGUCAAACUUGUUUAGGUGACCCUGGUUAUAGUAGUCACACUGUAAUCUUCGCGCUCAGUUACGUAAAUUUAUGCUCUGCAUGGGGAAUUUCCAUCACUCCGUAGACUCUUACAAGAUUUUUUUAUAUAGUUUACGCAUUAUUUCGGCUUCCCAUAGUUAAUGUUUUCCUUGAUAAACUGCUUCCCUAUUAUACAAUUUUGUUUGCUUGAAACAAACUUUUUUUGGAACCAAAGUUCUCAUGCAUUGAAUGUUCCAUUAUCCUUUAUCAUUCUCUUUAUGCAGGUAACAGUGCUUUUCCUUAAAUAAAGACAUACAGUGAAACCUCUAUCAAGCAGACCCCCAAUUAAGCAGACACCCUCUAUUAAGUGGACACUAAGCCAGGUCCUGAAAUUAAUGUCUUAUAUUUCCCUUUGUAAUGAACCCCUGUUCAUUGGACACCUCUAUUAAGCAGAUGCAGACACUAAAAUAAAUAUUUUACAAAAUAAAAAAUAUCUAUAGUACUGAAGUCGAUUAAUAAAGAUAAAUACAUUUAACUCUCGAUAAACUGUAGAUUAGACCGAAAGUCUUGUACAAAGUACAGCACAGCUUCCUUAGCUUCCUUAUUAACAACAUGGAACUUUAUCACAGUACAAGGUAACCGUUGAAAGUUAAUUGUUAACAAACAUUGCACAACUUUUACAAACCUCUAUUAAGCGGACACCCUCUAUUAAGCAGACACUUGGGAAGGUCCCGAAGGUGUCCGCUUAAUAGAGGUUUCAAUAUAUUUCCUUCAGUAUCAAUUCAUAAGCAUUGAAGGUUUACCUGCUCAAAAACUUUCCAUUGUCGUCCAUUGUAAAGAAUUUGUAAAAGUACCCUCCCUUAGCCUCCACUCCAACUCACUUUUAAUGAGAAUAAAACAAACAGCUUCAAAAGUGAAACUUGUAUAUUUCAGGUUGCUGGCACGUUAACAAACAUUAAUGUAUAGGUAACCAUAAAAUCCAAAACAUUAUCUAGCUGGAUUUUUGAAAACGUACCUAAUUAAAAUUGCAGUCAAUUAGGUGAGGAAAGGUAAAGGAAAAAAUAGACAAAGCUAGGAGAAAGAAAGGAGGAGAAGUAAAAAAGCAAUGGCUGCAAUCUUUGUUUUUAUGUUGACUUCUCUGGAGAUAGUUUUUCAAAGAAAAAAAUUCGAAGGGAGAACUCCAUUUUGGCUGUGACGUUAUUCAAGAAUCCAGCUAGAUAUAAUAUAUUUUUCUUACCCUUUUGACUAAAAGAAAUCUGAUGGAAAAGGAUAUAUUGUAAAAGCUAAUAAUGAAGUAAGGCUCUCAUUUUUCAGAUUUAAAGCCUUGACUAAAUUUGUUGUAAUUUACAGCUAACAACUCAUUCUAGUACUUUGUAAGCCCCGUGUUGUUUUGGGGUUCCUUGAAAGUAGCAUGGGUCUCCUGUGCAAUAGCCAAUUGUGUUUAAUAUUUAUUCUUUUUGAAACAAGAAAGACUUUUUUUAUCACUGAAAACUAGGUACAGUUGAACCUUGAUUAUCCAGACUUUUUGGGACUUGAGUAAAUAGUCCGGGUAAUCGAGAGUUCGGGUAAUCGAAAAUAUGAAUAUUAAUGAGACAAAAAUGUAAACGUAGGGAAUAAAGAAAACAAAAUUUAGUUGUGAAUUAGCUCUUACUUCAAUUUAUGUACGGACUGCAGGUACCACGUAUUUUCAAUCCUUCGCUCAUCUCGACGCUGUCGGUGAAUUUCAGGAUCUUGUCUGUUUUUGCGUAUGUACGAGAUCUUCUGCUCGCUGAUUUUAACCUUAAGUGCUACAUUUGUUCCUUUUUGCCUUUCUCCAAAAGUGAAAUAAUCGUUUGCUUAUCCUUUAUUGAGAGAACAGACUGCUUUCAUUGCGUAGACACAGCUGUGAUUUGCGUUUAUGAUUGAUUGGUGUUAUGUUUGCGUAAAGCAACACAGAAUCAAGCAUGACAUUUAAUUUUCUUAGCAACAUAACAAGUGAGCCAAUCAGAAUUCAGCUGAAUACAUCAGAAUAAUGGUUUAUCUCAUGUUGCUCUUGCUUUUUCAAAGUGAAUCACAGUAUUAAAACAGUGUUUCAAACACAUGUUUGGAAGGAUGAUUGAACUUUUAAUCGUUUCAGUUUUUCAAGAUCACAUCUUAUUAAUAUUCAUGAAAAAAACGGGACCAAGGAAACAAGUCUGGAUAAUCGAACAGUCUGGAUAACCGUGGUCCAGAUAAUAAAGUGAGGUUCAACUGUAGCAGCCAUUAUUUUUUCUCUAAGUUUUCCAUAAAAGUAACAAACACAUUUUGUGCAGAUAAUUUCAAAUAGGGUGUCCUGUGUUUAACGCUCAAAAUGUUUAAUGCUUAAUUUUGACAUGUUUUAAUGAACGGAUUUUGGCAGAUUUUUAGUAUGUUGAUAGUAGGUAGGCGUGUGGCGUUGAAAUCAAUUCUGUUGCAAUUAGUUUGAUGUUGAGCCUCAAAAAUACCUAGAUUGCUAAAAAAAGGUUUCCAAAAAAAAGAAAAUUAAAUAUUAAAAUCUUAAGAGAGAUGUUUUUUCAGGCAGUAACACAGGGGGCUUAAAAAUAAAAAAUCUGAGCACUCCCAAUAGGAGUGGUUAGUAGUGCAGAUGCUCUACCUUAAACAUUAGUAGUUAAGUAGGCUAUAAAUUGGCCUAUGUUUUGGUACCUUACAUUAUUAUACACUAGUUUAACACCUGAAACAAAAUAAUUUAAAAAUAUUAAUUUAUUUACAGACUAAAACAGCUAAUAAACCAGUCCAUUUUGUUUUGUUAACUUUCAGUUUUAUUAUAAUUAUUAUUAUCUGCAAAACUACUGAAACCUUAAUCUUUAAUGUAAACAAUAAUCUCUUACUGGGCCUCCUUUAAAAAAUGUACUCAUGUGCCCAUAACGAAAAAUUAAAGAAAACAAAAGCAAGUGAAAUACAAUUGCUUGAAUAGGAAUUGAAGAUAAUAUUGAAAGAAAUGACCCUGUAAGUAAAAGGCAAUUCAGAUGUUGCAAUGUAGCCUGCAAGUAGAAAACUCGGUCAGUCGCAGACAAGUUGCGACAUGCUUGCCAUGCAUCAUGGGAAUUGACAAAAGGUUUUUAAACAACCAGGCCAAAAAUGGUGGACAUUGUCAGUGACAAUAAGUAACAUUAAUUUUAGACAAGGAAAAGGUGGCUUUUGGCAGAGAAAUAGAUACCAGUCUUUCUAGACAAGAACUACUCCUUCAUGCUGUUUUGGCUGACAGAGGGGAGAGGGACAGACUUGUCAAAUCACACUUUAUCUAUUAGUCUUCAGAAGAAUUUACAAUUAUUUGAGCAUGCCCAGAAUUAUGGCAAAUCUUAGGCAGGACAUGCGGACAGAGUGAAUUAUGAGAGAGAAAGAAGAAAUAGGAAAAUGAGAAACAGAAACCAUUAGUAUAUCUAACAACAUCUUUUGUAAAUUUUUGCAUGAAUUCAAAUUGAAUAAUGCAAACACUAAUUUAUUGCCAGUCAUACCAGUUGUGUAUUAGUAAUACUAAAUCAAGUUCCCAGCAACAAAGUACCUAGUACAAAAGUUUGUGGUGCCGACAUACAGCUAUUACUCCAAACUUUGCAGUUGCUAACCGGAAGGUGAAUGCACGUAAUGGUGGGUCAGUUAUUGGCAGCCAAAAAUCUAGCUGCUGCUUAUAGAGAUUGUUAGAUUCAAUUUAGUUCCUUGGCCAACAGGUUCCACAGAAAUUUGCAUGUGCUGUAGCUGUAACUGUGUACACUUUCAUGGGUGCAUAUUUUUUCUUUAGUUGAUAUCAUGGAGCUCAGAGUCAGACGUGACUGACCAUCUGGGUUUCUGAGGAUGAGGAAAACACAACCUGUAUGAUAAUUAUCAGCCCCUCCAUAUUUUUGUUGAUUGGUAGCCUAUGAGAACAUCAUUUUGAAAUAAUUAUUUUUAAUUUUUUUUACCCUAAAAUAUGGGUGACAAUGAGAGCUGGCUGCUGGCAAACUUUACCGGCUCAAAAAGGGGCUUACCACUGGCUUAAAUUACUCUGGAAAAAGAAGACAUAAGUUAACUUUGAAGGUACAGUUAAGGAGAAAGCUGGCUUGACUGAUAAAAAAGCCUCCUUAGCUUUUUCUUACCUAUGUUCCUACUGACGGAUUCUGUUAAACGUGACGUUUUGGAAAAACGUGGAAUAUGAGCUGUUUUAGGACUGUAGUUCUUAGUAUUUUUUUUAUUUAUUGCAGGCUUGAAGAGAAUCUUAAAGAAGACAGAACACAAGAAUUUUGGAAGCCACAAAUCUGGAUUACACUUACAUGUUAG